AGGUAUUGACAGACUCGUAUUACGCUGUAAGUCAAGGUGCUUUGGCUUGUGAAUGUCGUCAAACGAUGCUUUUAUUUUGGAUUUACUAUCUCGCAUUCAUAAUGAGUCAGCUGCGUUGACGUCCAUUGCCGAGCGAAGUUUAAUGCGCCAACUUGAUGGUGGUUGUUCUAUCCCAAUUUCUGUCCGCAGUUAUCUUUCAGAAAACGAUUCUAAGCUAACUCUUCACGCAAAUAUCCUGAGUAUCGAUGGUGUAGAGAGUGUAGAAGGAUGUGCAGCUGCUGUUUUACCCAAAACGGCACCUGUAAAUCGAGACUCUACAGAACUCUUAAAUUCGGGUGAACAUAACGGGGAGAUUGGUCGGAAUGCAUCACUUAUUGAGAAUAAUAUGACGUUGGUGUCAACUGCAACUGAAAAUGAAUUAAAAGCAGCAUCAGAUCCAUCAUCUGUGUUUAUGGGAGUUAUGGUGACUCCAAUAUCUGAAGUUUCACGUCUUAGAAUGGCUAUUUCUCGAAGUUUGGGUUCUGUGGUGGGAAACAACCUUCGUAUGGCCGGCGGUGAUAAAAUUCUUCAUGAAAUACGUUCGCAGUCCAGUGGGCAUAUGUCGCAUGAAUAUAAUCUUACUUCGUCUAAAUAGCUGCGAUAUUAUGUUGGAUAUGUUUAACACACUAAAAUAAGUAAAACAUUUUGGAAACUUGCAACGUGCGUUUGAACUCUGCAGUUCCUAAAUUGGACAUUUUACCGGGUUAGCAUCUGUUGAUGCAUCGCGACUCCUUGGGUGGGAUCCAAGAGACCACGCAACUCAGUGGUUUGAGACGUUAUCAGAUAUGGCUGAGAAUCCAAACCAGUGAUGGUGAUGCUGUAGCUUCCUUCUAUCUUCUGCCUCUGGAAAGUAAUGAAUGUUUUGUUUUGAAUGUAUCUUGUUGAACUGCCCUUCUGAUCAUUCUGUUCUUUUUAUUUAUCCACUUCCUUCCGCUUUAUGUCUUCAUAGUGUCAUGGCAUCUUAUGUAGCGCAUUUCUUGUUACCCUUGGUGUAUCAUGUUUGUAUUCUAAUGAAUAAUAAUAAUGUGCAGAUAUGUGUGACAAAUACCCUAUUGAAUCCCUUAACAUGUAAUCUGCUAAAUUUCAUAAAGGAAUUAAUGUAAAUGCAUAAAACAGGGAGUCUCGUGUCAACUUGCAUAUAAAUGUUGUUCCAUUAUACCCAAUGAACAGUACAACAAAAAUAAACGC